AUGUGUAACAAUAUUUUAGAAGCUAGAAAAUUGUUUGAUGAUGUUUUAUUAAGAAGAGAUAGAGCUGAAAAAACUAGAAAUGCCUUAAAUGUUUUAUCUAGGUUUAGAUUUCUUUUUUGUUUGCCAUGUAUUAUAGACCGUCAUAUGCAAAAACAAGAUUAUGAUAUUAUUAUAAAUGACUAUAUGAGAGUCAAAAAUUUAUUUAAUAGAACUGAAGUGCCUGUCUUCAAAACUGCUUUAUAUGAAACAGAGAAACGUAUAAUGGCAUUACAAAAAAUGUUACAUGACAAUUUACAAAAAAUGCCUAUUAGUAUAGAAGAACAAAAAAGAUUAAUAAGAUAUUUAAUUAAUCUUGAUGCACCUUAUGAACCUGCUUGGGAUGCUAUACAAAGUCAUGUUAAUUAUAUUAAUUUGCGUUUUAAAGAAUGCUAUGAUGAACAUAAAUCUGCAGAAGCAGUUUUAGCUCAAGAACUUGCAAAACUAAAGAAUUCUCAUUCUUCUUCCAAGUUUAAUAAGUACAAUAUACAAACGCAAGACACAUUAAAUUGUAUCCCAGAAAAUGUACUGUUUAUAGAAGACCUUUGCGAUAUUUUAUCACAACUGUUUCCAAAUCUUUGGAAACUAGGACAUUCAUAUUUUACAGGGGAACUUCUUCAUGUAAAAAUUGAACCCGGCAAACAAGUUGCUUUUAAGCACGUUGUAUUGACAAUAAUAGAAACAUUUUGUAAAAUGUUAAGAGCUGCAGUAAUACCUCAUACCUUAGAUAAAAAUGUUGACAAAAGUACUGUUGGCUCUUGGUCAGUAAAAGACAUAAAUAUUAUAGCACUUUGGUUGCCAAAUAUUUUACGCCAUGUGCGGUCUUCAUAUAACAUUUUAAUUAAACUGGAUCUUCCCAAUGAAGCCUUAAAUAUUGUAUCCGAUUUAAUUUUGGACCUGAAAAUAUUUUGUAUGUCUGUUCUAUUCAAACAAGCAACUGAGCAAGUUAGACAGCUACAGAAACAAGAGGACUGGAAAAUAGAAUUCAAUGGGGUCACUGGAUUGCCACUGAAAUAUGAACAGCAUCUUCAGAAUGUAGUGCAGUUGGUAAAAGAGUCAGUAUUAAUAAGUGAGCAAAAAGAAGCAUCAUUAUCAGAAAGUCCAGUUGCCCAAAAAGAAUUAGAGAAAAACGUAGAAUCACUAUUUCUUGUAUUUUAUGACGUUUUAAAAAAUUUAACAUUUCAAAACGAAAAUGGUGAAGAAGAGGGUUGUACAGCCGUGGUGUCCCAACUUAUAGGAACCCCUGUAUCUGCUUACAGAAAUUAUGGAUCAACAAAAGAAGUACUUUUGUGGGAACAUAAACUUUUAAAAGUUUUGGCAAACUGUCAAUAUAUGACCAAUACUGUAUUGAAUAAUAUUUUUGAGCUUUUUAACAAGUCUGGGAUUGCGAUGUCUAGAGCGUCAAUAGAGAAAAUAAUGAAUAAAUUUUCGGUUUUAGAGAAGACUGUUUUAGAAACAUAUUUAGAGCAAAAAAGUGAUCCAUUAGUUGGUACCAUAGAACCCUCGAUGUAUUUAGGAAAAUUCGAUUGGGACUGCGUCAAUCCGGUUUCUUUAAUAUUAGACUAUAAUAAAAAUAAAAACGUCAAAAGUCAUCUGUGA